AUGAAGGGAAUUAAUAAAAUUGAUUUUAAAAGGGUAAAGAGUUCCUACCUGGAAAAAGAUUUAAAAAUAAAUUGUGAAAAUGUAAAAGCGUCAAACACAAAAAACGAUAAUAUUCUUGAAAUAAUUAAAAAUGAAACAAAUAUAAAUUGUUUAGACAAUUUUGAAUCAAUUCAAAAUAAUUCAAAUGAAAUAGAAAAAAAACUUAAUUAUAUUAAAAAUUCUUUAGUUAGCAAAAGUGAUAAAAAUAUAGGACUAGGUAAACAUGAUAACAACGAAUACAGCAAUAAUUUAGGAAAAAAAGAUGAUAAAGAAAAUGAAAAUCUUUUAAAAAAUGAAGUUGAAGGAAAUUCAAAAGAAGACAUUGAAGAAAAUGAAGAAUAUCAUAAAAAUGUGGUAUCAAAUAAAAUUGAGAAUUUUACUGAAGAAGGUCUUAAAAAUAAAAUAUCUAAAUUUGUAAAUAAAACAAUAGAUACUUAUAAUUCAUUGAAAGUAGAUAAGUUAUUUUUAUGCAAAAAUAUAAAUGAUUUAAUUAAUGAUAAAAAUACUGAUAUUUAUGUUGAUUGUUCAAAUGAUAUAAAAAAAAAAUAUAUUUAUGAAUGUAAAAAUGCAGAAAAUGUAACAAAUAAUACAAACAAAAACCUAAGUAUGAUGAAAAAAAUAGAAGAUAAGAUAAAGAAUAAUAAUUCAACUGUUCUAAAAAACAUUUAUCAUGCAUUUAGAGGAACCUUAAAUGAUUUUAAAUAUGUAUAUCUAGAAAAAGGUGAUGAUAGCAUUGAAUCAUUGUAUGAUAAAAUUUAUGAUUCCUAUAAUAUGACUUAUAAAAUAACAAGAAAAGGUAUAAGUGAAAAUAGCGAAUUAAUACUAAAUAAUGAAACAAGUAAAAUAGAAAACAAAAAGUUAAUAAGUAACAUGAGCAUAAGAACAAAAAAAAAUAUGAAGAAUGACGAUAGCAAUCAAAAAGAUAAGCAAAUUAAUAAGGCGUAUAUCUAUGAUGAAAAGGAAAAUAAUAAAAGUUAUAAUAUCCCAAAUAAUAUAAAAAAUAAUUUCACUAACGAAAUUAAAAUAAGUGCAAACAGUGAUGAUAAUAAUAAUAUGAAUGAAAUGAAUUCAAUAUAUGAAAGUAAAGCAUUUGAAGUCAAAAAACAUAAGACAAAUAAUAAAUUAAAUAAUUGUAAAUUAAUUAAUGAAAAUGCAAUAAAUUAUAAAAAAAAAUUAUCAAAUGAAAUAAAUAAGAAUAUGAAUUAUGAUGAUAUAUAUUACUCAGACACAAAUAAAUUUGAAUAUUCAGAUAUAAUUUCACACUAUUUAUAUAAUAAAGAGGAUGCUAAGAAUAAAUAUGCCACCAAAAACAAAUGUGACAAUAAAAAUGAGUAUAAUAUAAAAAAAAAAAAUGUUACUAAUAAUAUUGAUUAUGCGCAACAAAAAAAGAAGAGUAAAAUUAUUGAUGUUCAAAUUAAUGAUAAAAAUGUUUUUGAUAUAUCUCCUCUAACGCAAAAAUAUAAAUACAGAUCAAACAUAAUAUUAACUAUAAACAAAAUUAAAAAUAUUGAAAAAGUAAUUGAAAUUAAUAUAAAUAUCAAUGAUAUACAAUUAAAAAUCCCCGGAAUGAGAAUUGAAAACAUAAUAUUGCCUUACAAAUAUUCUAAUGAUUUACUAACAAUACAAAUAAAAACACUAAAUGAAGAUGGAGAUCAAAUAGGUGAAAUAAAACAAGAAAGAAAUGAUAAAAUAAAAAAAAACAUAACAAAAGAAUAUGAUAAAAAUACAAUAAAAUAUCAACUAAAAGAAGAAAUCUCCUCUACAAUAAAGUAUUAUUAUGUAUUUAUACCAUUGAAUAAUAUAACAGAAGAAAUAAUAAAUAAACAAUUAAUUCUAAUAACUUCAAAAUAUAAAAAAAUAUUCGAAAAAGAAAAAUUAUUACCGGAUACAAUGUAUUUGAUACAAUCAAAAAAUAUUGAUUCGAUGAAAGAAAAACAUUUGUACAUUUCUAUUAGAAAAUGUGUUAGUGGAAUUCAUUUUUAUCCUAGGGUGAAUGAAAAUAGAUUGAAUAAUUUAAAUAAAAAUAAUAUUUUAAAUACAAAAGGAAGCGAUAGUACAUUUAAACCAGUUUACGUUAGUUUAUACAAUGAUGAAAUAGAUAGAGAAAUAGGAAAUCUGAUAAAUGAAAAUAAUUUAAUUAAUAGAAUAAAAAUAGAUAAACUUCCAGAAAAAGGAUAUUAUAUGAUUAAUAAUAAUUAUUUCCAUUUUUUUUUUAAUAAAGAAAAUGUUUUAGUUUGCAAUAAUAAUAUAAAUAAUAAAAUGGAAAAAAAUCAAAGUAACAUUGAAAAUGCUAGUAAUUUAUUUAAUUUAAUGUCUAAUAAUUUUAUAAUCGUAAAGAGUUGUAUAGAUUUAUUCCCAUUUUAUAUUUUUCCAUCACUUGAAGAUUUGGAUUAUCUUGAUUUUAUAGAGAAAAACGAAUACAUAAAAUUAAAAUUUAUGUUGCAUUUUCUAGCAAUAGUAGAGAAUAUAUGCACAAAUUUAUGCUCAUUUAUGAAUAUAAAUACAAAGUCGAAUUCAUUGUUUCAUAAACAUAUUAAAGCAGUUCAAAUAGAUGAUGAAAAUAAUAAAACAAAUUAUUUUACUUUUUUAUACACGUCAUAUGAUGAAAAAAGUAAAGCAACAAAUUAUUCCUUUAAUUAUGUUAAGCCGUUUAUUUUUCAAUUUCAAAAAGAAUACGAAAAUGAAAAAAAGGAAGAGAAAGAUAAUUUAUUAGAUGAAUUAAACGAAAAUGACCUUUUCAUUUACGAAUACGGAAGAAAACAAUCAUUAUUUUUAUAUAAUAUAAUAAAAAAUUAUGAAGAUAUAAAAAAUAUAGCAAGGUGUUAUGAUGAAAAAAAGCAUAUUUUUUAUACAACUGAUUAUAAUAAAAAACGAUUUCAAGAUUAUUAUAUUAACAUUUUAUAUAAAUAUAAUAAAUUAGUUGAAGAAGAUAUAUACAACAAAGAAAAUAUAUAUAACUGUCAGGAUGGAAUAAGAGAAAUAAAAAUAAAAGAAACAGAAAGAAUGAAAAAUAAUUUAAGACAGAAUAUUGUUUUAGAAAAAAAUAAUCAUGAUAAGAUAAAUCAUAAUAACUAUAUGAAAAUACCAGAAAAUAUUUACUCCUCAGAUAAUUUUCCAACUAUUAAUAAUAAUAGUAUUAUAUUAAAAGAGGAAGCAAAAAUAAAUAAUACAAAUAAGGAAAAUCGUGAAAGACCAAAUAAUCUAAAUAAGAAAGAGUUUAAUUAUUGUAAUAAUUUUGUUAAAAAAUAUUAUCUAAAUGAUAUAGAGCAUAAAAGCAAUAAAACAUUUGCCGAACAGGGAAAAAUAGAAGAAUAUAACAAUUUUGAUUUAAAAUUUAAAAUAACAAACAAUGAAAAAAAUAAUGAAAUUAAGCAUAGACAAAAUAUAAAUAAUAAAACAUAUAUUGGUCAUGAAAACAAUGGAUUUUUUAAUUCUAAAGAAAAUAAUAAUUAUCGUCUAUGUGGUGAUAAUAGAACUAUGAAAGAAGAAAAAAAUAAUACAUUGAAUAUAGAUAAAAAUAAUCCUCAAAAUAUAUAUCUAGAUCAAUUUAAUACAAGUCAAAAUGAAAAAGAAGAUAAAAUAAAACAAAAUCAUUAUUCUAACGAUAUUUUAGAUAAUGUAUAUGGGCAAAAAAAGGAACAGUAUAUGUAUAAAAAUGAUUCUUCUUACCAGAAAUUCUUUAGACAGAAAACAAGUAAUAAUUUUGAUCUUUCUUCAGAAAAUUUAUUUUUAAAAUCAUAUGACUAUCUUAAUAGAAGUGACAAGGAAUAUUUUGUCAAUAAAAAUAAAACAGAAGAAGAAUAUGAAAGUAUGAGAAGCAAUGUUAUUAAUUUUAGCGAAAAUGGCAUAAUUUUGGGUAGUUUUUCUGAUGAAGAUGAAAAUAAUUCUAAUGAUAUAUUUACCAAUAACAUAAUAAAUAAUAAAUUAUGUAUAGAAAAAAGUAUAUAUCAUGAUGAAAAUAGUGAAAAAAUAGUUAAAAUACUAAAUUUUGAAAAUUUAAAAAUACAUAAUGAAAAUAUUAAUGACGCUACAAAAAAGUGCAAAUUAGUUCAAAGGAAUGAAAAAAAUGUUUAA